AUGGCCGCCUCCACUGACUACAAGACGAAGCUCCUCUCUCACCUCAUAUCCAACAACGUCCUCUCCUUCGGCUCCUACACCCUCAAAUCCGGCCGAAACUCUCCCUAUUUCUUCACCACCACCCUCCUCCACACCGCGCCGCUCCUGCACGCAACGGCCUCGGCAUGCGCAACCGUGCUAUCCUCGCCGCCUUUCGUAAAUGCCUCAGAUGACAGUGCAUCGCUGCAGCCCAAAUUCGACAUCAUUUUUGGGCCUGCGUACAAGGGUAUUCCCCUGUGCACCGCCGUGUUGAAUGAACUGGGCGUCCGGGAUACCACCGGCGCCUGGGCUAAUGUCAGUUAUUCGUUUAAUCGAAAAGAGGCCAAGGCGCACGGGGAGGGUGGAAAUAUAGUCGGUGCACCCUUGAAAGGGAAGCGCAUCGUGAUAAUCGAUGACGUUAUUACAGCCGGCACGGCAUUGAGGGAGGCUGUGAGUAUUAUCGAGAAAGAGGGCGGUAUUGUUGUCGGGGUUUUGGUGCUACUAGAUCGAGAGGAAAGAGUCAAUGAUAAUGAGAAAAAUAGCGCUGUUGGCUGUGCUCAGAGGGAUCUGGGUGAUAACGUACCUGUAAGGGCUGUCCUAGGAUUAAGCGAUAUAAUUGAAAAACUAGGGAAUGAUAUUGGGGAAGAGAAUCUAAAACGGCUGAAAGAAUAUCGGGCACAAUAUGGAGCGGAAUAA